UGGCCGCGGACGGGCGAUACGCGCCGGGCCCUGAACAUGGAUUUCCCGCGCCUCUGGCUGGGGCUGCUGCUGCUGCCUUUGGUGGCAGCGCUGGAUUUCAGCUACCACCACCAGGAAGGGAUGGAAGCGUUUCUGAAGACCGUUGCCCAAAACUACAGUUCCAUCACUCACUUACACAGUAUUGGGAAGUCUGUGGAAGGCAGAAACCUGUGGGUUCUUGUUGUGGGGCGCUCUCCAAAGGCACACAGAGUCGGGAUCCCCGAGUUCAAGUAUGUGGCCAACAUGCACGGCGAUGAGACUGUUGGGCGGGAGCUGCUGCUGCAUCUGAUCCACCAUCUCGUGACCAGUGAUGGGAAGGACCCUGAGGUCACCAGUCUGAUCAAUAGUACCCGGAUACACAUCAUGCCCUCCAUGAACCCAGAUGGAUUUGAAGCUGUCGAAAAGCCCGACUGUUAUUACAGUCAUGGAAGGGAAAAUUAUAACAACUACGACCUGAAUAGAAAUUUCCCAGAUGCUUUUGAAUUUAAUAAUGUCUCAAGGCAGCCUGAAACCCUGGCAGUGAUGAAGUGGCUGAAAACGGAGACAUUUGUCCUUUCUGCAAAUCUGCACGGCGGUGCUCUUGUGGCCAGUUACCCAUUUGAUAAUGGAGUUCAAGCCACAGGGGCAUUAUACUCCCGAAGCCUGACUCCUGACGACGAUGUUUUUCAAUAUCUCGCACAUACCUACUCGUCCAGAAAUAGCAACAUGAAGAAAGGAGAUCAGUGUAAAAACAAAAUGAACUUUCCUAAUGGUGUGACAAAUGGAUACUCUUGGUAUCCACUCCAAGGUGGAAUGCAAGAUUUCAACUAUGUCUGGGGCCAGUGUUUUGAAAUCACGUUGGAGCUGUCAUGCUGCAAAUACCCUCGUAAGGAGAAGCUUCAAUCCUUCUGGAAUAGUAACAAGGCCUCGCUGAUUGAAUACAUGAAGCAGGCUCACCUAGGUGUAAAAGGUCAAGUUUUUGAUCACAGUGGAAAUCCACUGCCCAAUGUAAUUGUAGAAAUCCAAGACAGAAAACAUAUCUGCCCCUAUAGAACCAACAGAUUUGGAGAGUAUUAUCUCCUUCUCUUACCUGGGUCCUAUGUAAUAAAUGUUACAGUUCCUGGACAAGAUCCAUACCUCACAAAGCUGCUCCCACUGCGAAGCUCAGGCCCUGGUGUCCCCCCAGUGCUGCUGCCACCACAGCUUCCUGGUCUCUUGUCCCCAGACUUCUCCUCUUCAAGUUCAUCCUCCACCAGCCCCAGAAAAGGGAGCUAUUUUGAGGUAUGAUCCCGAUUCGCUACAUUUUCUUUCCUACUCCUCUUAAAACUUGGUGCUGGUAUCAACGCCACCAGGAGGCCUUGGCUGACCGUGUCCAUUCAGUUCUCUCUCCACCUCCAGGCUUUCUGGAGCGAGAGGCCCUUUGCUCCCUAAAGGAAACUGUGUAUCUCUUCUCUGCCAUCGGGUUACAGCCCUGUACCACGGUCCUCUGCUACCUCCUGUACCGCGGUCUUCUGCCACCUCCCGUGCCUUCCCAUGCAGUGCAAGAUCUGUUGAUUUGUGUGAAAAAUUCAUUUGUAUGACCUCAGAGCCCAAGACCUAGUGGGUGCUGGAAAGAUGAAUGGACAAGUGGUUCCAGAAGUCUGUUGAUCCUGGUCCCUGCUAGAGGCUGUCUAAGGCUUUGAGUCAUUUUAUUUAUUUUAUUAUUAUUAUUAUUUUUUUUUUUUUGUAGAGACAGAGUUUCACUUUAUCGCCCUCAGUAGAGUGCCGUGGCGUCACACAGCUCACAGCAACCUCCAACUCUUGGGAUUAAGCAAUUCUCUUGCCUCAGCCUCCCGAGUAGCUGGGACUACAGGUGCUCACCACAACACCCAGCUAUUUUUUAGUGCAGUUCAGCCGGGGCCGGGUUGGAACCCACCACUCUUGGUAUAUGGGGCUGAGGCCCUACCCACUGACCCACUGCCCGAGUCAUUUUAUUAAACAAGGUCUUAUGCUUGGGAAAUCUGCAGCUCAUUAGUAACGCUGACAGCAGAGUGUUUACAUGUACAUGACCAAGAAAGAGUCCACAUACAUUGCUUUUAGCAGACCCUGAAUUUAUCCUAAGAUUGGGGGUAAAUGCAUCAAGUUACCUAUUAACAGCACUAUAGAAUACCUCUUUUAAAUACAAGAACAAAAUUUUUGCCAUUAGUACUCAAUUUGAAGUACUAAUGGUUUUCAAGUUCUCUCUUACGUAUAAGAUUAAAGGGAGGUACUCGUUAAACAGUUUAACAGUAGCCAACUCUGGUGGGCAGUCUUGUGAGUACCGUGUGUCACUCAUGGGAAGUGAAUUGCCUUGGCUCUUACAUUAAAUUAAAAGUUCAAAAAAAAAAAAAAAAAGAAAGUUCAGAGGAUCUAGAAAUAAAACCAUACUGGGAUUUUACAGGUAAAAGUGCCUGAGAAGAACCACAAGGGGAUGAGGAGAAACGUGGGCAUUUAGAAGCCAUUUCUGUGCCAAGUUUAUUCAACAUCAUAUAAACAGAAUGUGUAGUCUUUUUAAAACCAUUUAUAAAAUCUGGUAAUAACCUAAAUAAUUUGCUCACUUUUAUUUAAAUAAUCAGUAAUGUAUUAUAUACUGGAGAGUAUGUAUUAAUAUAAUAUUGCAGAAAAUGACUUUGGCGUAUCACGGGUGGAAGCGUAUCAAACUGAACUGGAUUCGCCAUCAAUACCCCAAAUCAUUUUCCAACUGGGCAUUCCGAGUUCAAACUUUCCCUUUUGUAUAGCAGUUUUUGAAGGGACAUGAACUAAAACCUGAAUUGGUUCAUGAGCCUGAAUGUAAAUUUUUUACUGAAAUAAUGUUUUUGAAAUCAGACCUUUGUAUCAGAAUCAAACUUAAAGUCAUCAGAAGACACAGAGAAACCAGCCAUAGCCUUCCAACCUUGGUCAGACCAGGGCCCCAGACUCUGCCCAUUGCCUUCUCUACUGCCCCCUUUGAGACAGCAGCCAUGCUCCUCUGGCUCUAAGUUUGGGUGUAAUUCCUUUUAUAGAGAAACCAAUGUAAUAAAAAUUUUCAAAUGGUAAUUAGAAGACAGGAGCCCUGGGUUCAAAUCCAUCGAAUGCUGUUUCCUUGUCUGCAGCAUGAAGGUCCAACUCAGCAGGGAUCCUGGGCCAUCAGGGACAGUGUGGUGGCAUCUGCCACAUAGUGGGUGCCAUUUUUGGUGCUUGCCUGGGUGGAGGGAGAAUAGUUAAGACACUGUCUGGUAAAUAUUUUGAAGGCAAUAUAAUAGGCCUUAUUAAAGACCAAAUCUUUUGCCUCAGACAUAAACAGAAUGGACCUAAAAACUGAAACAAUGGUUAGCUAGAACGAUCAUCUAACAAUAUUUAGAGAAACUUUCAUAAAGUAAUAUAGCUUUUUCUCAUGUACAUAUUCAAAUUUUGGUAAAUGUCAAUGUGAAUGGAUCUGAAUGGUGGGUAGUAUUUUGGAAAACGGUUAAGUGCCUGCAGGUAAUGUCAGUGUUGAUUUUGGUGCUUAAUUUAUCACGUUCAUACUUGAACUUGGAUGUUUCAGAAAUGUUAAAAGCCUCUUCUCAACGCUUUUGAAAAUCUUUCUAAGAAAUCAAUGUUGUGUUGUGUUCCAGAAGCAAAUUUGUAUUUGCAGUCUGUUUCUUAAAAUGGUAUGAAUUAGUUCUAUGUUUAGAAAGUAAAAAUAUAUGAUGCUGGAUUGGAAAUAUCUUUUCCUAGCAAAUUCAGGAAAAAUAAGCAUAGCAUAUUACCUUAUUACACCAGGAUAAGUUGCUUAUUGAGAAGCUUGGUUAUUAUUCUAUAUGUUAACAAUAUGGUUGGUGUUUACUUUAUGGCAGAUCUCUUAUAUUUUCCUCAUAACUUUAGAUGGAAAAAGAGGAGAAAAUGAUGAUGGCCAGACCAGUAAAAAGGGCACCAAAUGUUCAUGAUGCUGCAUCUAAAGGAUGAGUCUGGGCUUGGUGCAGACUUAUCAUUGUACCAGGGUAUUAGCAGGCACUGUGCUGUGGGGCUCACAGCCCCCAAACCACGUUUAGCAUAUGACGGCUGCACAACCUUUAUAAAUGUCUCAUACAUGAUUUUACAAGUUUUCCUUUUGACAUUCUUUUGUGCUAUAAUUAAGAAAUUAUUAAAAUGCACAAGUUGUCUAAGACUGUAAAGUUUAUUCAGAAGGGCCACAACUACCUCUACAUUUAGUAAAUUUAGAAUAUUUCUGA